AGAGACACUUUCACCAGCGCGUUUGUCAAGAACCUGAUCGUGGUUCUGGUCUGGCUCAUCCUCAGUUACAUCAACGGCAGCUUGGUGGUCACCUUUUUCAGACACCAGACCUUUUAUGAAGACCCUCGCUACAUCCUCUUCAUCCACAUGGUGAUCAAUGACGCCAUCCAGCUGACCGUCACCAUCACGCUGUUCGUCCUCAGCUACAUCUUCUACAAGAUCAACGUCUCCUUCUGCUGCUUCUUCAUCCUGGUGGCAGUCUUCACCACCAGAAACACGCCGGUCAACUUGGCCAGCAUGGCCAUCGAGCGCUACAUCGCCAUCUGCGAUCCUCUCCGACACGCCCAGAUCUGCACCGUGAGGAGGACCUACAUGGUGGUGGCGUUGAUCUGGUUUAUAUGCGUGGCUCCGGAUAUCACCGAUCUGUUUGUGACGCUGGCGACCGAGUCCCUGAGUUUCUUUCACGAGUCGGUAUUCUGCAUGAGGCAGAACGUGUUCAAAAACCCAAUCCUGGCGCAGAAACGACAAGCCUUCGACAUCAUCUACUUCUCCUGCGUGUUCCUCACUCUGGUCUUCACCUACUUGAGGAUCCUGUUCGCGGCCCGGGCCCUCUCCACGGAGAAGGUGUCGGCCCAGAAGGCCAGGAACACCAUCCUGCUCCACGGGGCCCAGCUGGCCAUGUGCAUGCUCUCCUACAUCUCCCCCAGCGUGGAGAUCGUUCUGCGGCUGAUCUUCCCUGGACGAAUCCUAGAAAUCAGAUACGCAAACUACCUGAUCGUCUACAUCCUGCCCCGCUUCCUGAGCCCGAUCAUCUACGGCGUCAGAGACAAACAGUUCAGGAAGUACCUGAAGAUGUACCUCCUGACAAACAGGUGCAGGGUCAAACUGCAGAGAGUGGCCCCUCAGUGCAGAGAGGAGAUGUCCUAG